CGACAGGGGACCAGUCUGUCUGUAAUCUGUAGUAUUUUGUGGCACCGAUCGUAGCAUGCCUGGUGCCUGGUGCUUUCUCUGUGCAGGAGGUGAUACUGUUCUGUCGGGCUCGUCGUUGUUGUUGUCGCGGGACGUUGCAAACUUUGUCGGGGUUGAUAGGCGACCCAUAACCUAUCGGUGGCUGUCGUGUUGAUGUUUGUUUGGGCGCGGUCGUUGUGCUCGCAUGAUAGCCCGUGACUCAACCGCGGUGAUGGCGAUGGUGUUGUCUGUUGACAUGUCGUGCUUUGUGGCUUGCUCUCGAAUUUUUGGUGGUCAGAGCCCGCCCGCGGCCACGAGCAGGCCCUUUGGAUGCAGAAUCAAUGCCGAGGAUGACAUUGUGCCCAAAGUGACCUCUGAGAGCGCGAGCGGGCGUGGUUCGAUCAAUUUGAUGCUGUUUUCAAAAAUUUCGUUCUCGCUUUUGUUGAUUCCCCCCCCCCCUGACAACAAGUCAACGUAAUCGCUGCCCACCAACUCAAGAGCGGCGACAUACAAAUAUUCACAAGCACCACGGCCGAGGCCAUACAGCUCAAGCAAAACAAGGGAUGGCUCAGAGGACUCGGAGAACGUGCAGAACUUAUCAAUUGCAAACCUACGAGCUCAAGCGUGCUUAGAGGUAUGUACAAGCAAGCGAAGCAGGCUAGGUGUCAGGCGACAGCUUGGCAGCCAGCAAUAAUGUACAUAUUGGUCUAUUCCUACUAAGCGAGU